AACCGAUAGCUCUCCUCCUACCCAAAUCAUACACGGCGACGGGACAUUCGACAUCGUGGCACUACAGAAUCUGAUCGAUGAUCUCAACGUGAGCGAAUGUGGCCUUUCUUACAACGUAGUGUCCAUAAUGGGUCCUCAGAGCAGCGGGAAGAGCACCUUGUUAAACCAACUCUUCGGCACCAACUUUAGAGAGAUGGAUGCCUCCCAAGGGAGGUUCCGGACCACCACAGGUGUGUGGCUGGCCAAAGCUGCCGGCAUUGAACCGUGUACUCUGGUUAUGGACUUGGAGGGGAGUGAUGGAAUGGAAAGAGAAGAUGAUACUGCUUUUGAAAAGCAGAGUGCUCUUUUCGCUUUUGCUGCCUCCGAUACAGUGCUCAUAAACAUGUGGUGUCAUGAAGUUAGCCUUUACCAAGCUGCCAACUGGCCUCUUCUGGAAACUGUGUUCCAGGCCAUGAUGCAGUUGUUUAGUUCUCGGAAAACAACUCUAGUGUUUGUAAUACGGGAUCAAGAAGGGAUUCCUCUGGAAACAAUGGAACCUAUAUUGAGAGAGCGUGUGCAGAAGAUAUGGGACACAGUUCCUAAGCCACAAGCGCACGCGGAAACUCCUCUCAGUGAAUUUUUUAAUGUUGAGGUUGUCGCUCUUUCUAGUUAUGAAUGGGAGGAAGAGCAAUUUAAAGAGGAGGUGGCCAGCCUUAGACAGCGGUUCUUCCAUCCUAGCGCAACUGGUGGGCUCGUAGGAGAUCGAAAGGGAGUAGUUCCUGGUUCGGGAUUUUCUUUGAGUACUCAGCAGUUGUGGAAGGUCAUUAAGGAAAAUGAGGACCUUGACUUGCCUGCACCCAAUGUCAUGGUUGCUACCGUACUAUGUGAAGAAACUGCCCACGAAAUAUAUUCCAGUUUUACUGAAAAUGAGGAUUGGCGUUUGAUUGAAGAAGCUGUGCAGUCGGUACCAGUUCCCGGUUUUGGAAAGAAACUUAGUUCAAUUCUUGAGGCUUGUUUAUCAGGGUAUGACCGGGAGGUUGCAUAUUAUGACGAGAAUGUUAGAUCUUCGAUGCGGGGGCCGCUUGAAGAAAAUUUACUUCAACUUGUACGACCAGCUUUCCAAUCUAUGCUUGGACACAUUGUGUGUGAAAAUCUACACAUGUUCAAGGAAGCAUUUGAUAAGGCUUUGAAUGAAGGGAAAGGGUUUUUUGUGGCUGCUCAUGAAUGCACUCAGUGUUAUAUGACUCUAUUUGACAAAGGAUGCGCAGAUGCCUUAAUUGAACAAGCCAAAUGGGAUACAUCUGGGGUACGGGAGAAGCUUUGGCGUGACAUUGAUGCCCAUGUUGCUUCAGUCCUUGCUGCCAAGCUCUCUGAGCGGACAAAAGCAUAUGAGGCAAACCUGAAUAAAGCUUUGUCUGGAUCAGUGGAAGCUGUUUUGGAUGAAGCUAAGAGGGAAACCUGGUCGACUAUCAGGAGAAUUCUUUCGGAUGCGAUCGAAUCGGAAGUAACUGGGUUUUUUUCUGGCGCCCUUUCUGAUAUCCAGAUGGAUGAACAGAGGAAGAAAACAGUGCUUUCGGGUAUGCAAAAUUAUGCAAGGAGUGUGGUUGAAGCGAAAGCCAGGGAAAAAGCUGGAAGAGUCCUCAUCUGCAUGAGGGACCGGUUUGUAACAGUUUUCAACCAUGAAGCUGGCAAUAUGCCAAGAGUUUGGACAGGGAUAGAAGAAAUUCGAGCAACAACAAAACUUGCUCAUUUGGAAUCAUUAGAGUUGCUGUCAGUGAUGGCGGCAGUGCGUUUGGAUGAUGCGACAGAUAACAUCGAGAGAAGUUUGUCUGCGUUGCUGAGCACCAAGCCUAAUGCCACUGACCGGAGCAUUACAACAGUAGAUCCCUUGGCUUUAAGCACAUGGGAAGGGGUUCCUUCAUCAGAGACAUUGAUCACACCUCUUCAGUGCAAAUUAUUGUGGAGUCAAUUUAUGACGGAGACUGAGUACAUUGUCAACCGAGCAAUUUCUGCUCUGGUGCGAUAGCAAUAUCUUGAAAGAUGUUUAGUAGUGCAAACAACAUUAUUGUUACUAAAAUGCCAUGUCAUCAUCCCUCCACCCCAAACACAUGCACACUAACACAACAAAAAAGGAAAGGAAAGAAGAUUUGCUUGCCAGUUUGAGACUAUCAAUAUUUUGAUUUUUUGCUAUCUAUUAAAAUUAUCAGGAAGCAGCGGAUGGAGCUAAUAACUUGUUGGAGAAUGUGUUCUGUUUUUGCUUUUGGGGCAUCAUGAAAUGCGGAAACUUAUGAGGGGUUGAGAGAGAUGGUGGUGCUGCUUCUUAAGUAUGAGAACCUGCCUAAGAGACAAACACGAGAGAUAGGAGAAAGAUAAAAACUCCUCAGUAGAGAAAAUACUUUAUACAUUGGUUGCUGCUUUGGGGCUGCUGCCUGAUCUUUUCACCUGCAUUAUAUAUAUUUCUUUCUUUUUUUUUUUCCUUUUUUUGCAUUUCAAUAGCUGGAAUAUUGAUUUCUCUUUGCUUGGCUGGAUUUCU